AGAGGAAAGACUUCAAGAAAUGGAACAGCUAAAAUGGAAAUUCUUUCACCGCCUUUUUGACUCUUCUCGGCCUAGAAUCAAAUUAGAUCCGGUGAUCAAUGCCAUGGAAGAAUUAGAAGAGGAGGCUCGAGGCUGCUACUGGGGUAAAAUUCAGCUUAGCAGUGAAAAUUUUGUAAAAAUGAUGCUGAUUGAUGGCUGCUUCAUUGUUGAGCUCUUCAAAGAGUUAGAACAGCACAACUUCAUAUAUGCACCUUCUAUUCAAAGGUGGAUGCUGCCAACUCUUCGCCGUGACUUGAUUAUGCUCGAAAACCAACUCCCACUGUUUGUUUUGCAGAAGUUGUUUGAGCUAACAAGCAGUCCAGAAGAAUCAAGCACAUCUCUACAGGAUCUUACACAUCAAUUCUUCAACCCUCUAUUGCAAAGAGACUCAAAUUCAGCUCUGCAGUGCAUUAACAAAGAAGCGAAGGGGAAAAGGCACUUUCUGGAUCUUUUCCGCUCUAGCAUCCUUCCAAGAUGUUCAGAUACAGAAGAAACCAACAAUAGAAAGGACUCCAGUAUUACAGCAAACAAAGGAUUAAUAGCGGGAGAAGUAAAUGAGACAAUAAGGUCUGUCAUAAAGCUGAAAGAAGCCGGGUUCAUAAUUGAGAAAGGUAAAAACCGUCCCCCAUUGGAUGUACGCUCAGAAGGAAGGGUACUGCAAAUCCCUCCUCUGUACAUAGAUGAUCACAAGGGAACUGUAUUUCGUAACAUGGUGGCAUUUGAACAAUGCCAUCACAAGUGCACACCAGAUGUCACAUCUUAUUUGUUCUUCUUCGAUGAACUUAUAAACUCAGCAGAGGAUGUGGAACUUCUUCAUCGUGAAGAGGUCAUCCAGCAUUCUAUAGGCAACAACAAAGAGGUGGCUAAACUUGUGAAUAGCCUGUGCAAGGAAAUAACAAGGAAUGCAGAUCAAUCCUACCUACACAAAGUUGUAUCCGAAGCUAAUCAAUAUUAUGAUACUUACUAUGCCAAGAUCAGAGCGCAAUUGGUGUACCAUUACUUCAGCAGCUGGAAGGUUGGCAUCUCCACGGUUGCAGGUAUCAUAGCUUUGUUUCUAAACUAUGGUUCAAAGUUCAAACAGAGUGUACGUGCAGUAACGGAACCAGGAUUUGAGAUGAAUGGGGGCUAAAUUUGUCUACAAUUAAAUCAAAUUUGUGUUUGAAUUACUAUUUUCUUUGAUCUAUUUUAGUUAUGUUAAUUUAACUUUUGCUUUAAGAUUGAUUUGAUGAUUUGAUGACUUUGUUUAGUAAAUAAAUGAUAAUUAAAAAC